AUGGAGACCAUCAGAGGUCUCCUGUGGAAGCCCACACCCGAGGAACAAAAGCGCAAAUGCAACGCCCUCGUCCGCCAAAACGUCCGCAAACUCGACCGCGACAUCCAACAACUCAAAGCAACCGAACAAAAAACCAAAACCCUCAUCCAGCAAUCCUCCAAACGCGCCGCCCGCAACCCAUCCAUGGCCAAGCAAGCCAACCAAGACGUCCGCAUCUUCGCCCGCGAGCUAAUCCGCGUCCGCAAGCAAAACAACCGCCUCAUGACGUCCAAAGCGCAGCUCAACAGCGUGCAGAUGCAAGUCAACGAGGCGUUUUCGGUGCGGAAGAUAGAGGGGAGUAUCAAGGCGAGCACGGGCAUCAUGAAGGACGUGAAUAGCCUGGUUAGGUUACCCGAGCUGACGGGCACGAUGCGCGAACUUAGCUCUGAGCUUAUGAAGGCGGGGAUUAUUGAGGAGAUGCUGGAUGAUACGCUGGGCGAGAAUGAGAUGCUGGAGGGUGAGGCGGAUGAGGCGGAGGAGGAGGUGGAUAAGGUUUUGAGUGAGGUGCUGAAGGAUCGAUUGCCGCCGAGUAAGGCGAAGGAGGAGGAGUUGCCGGCUGCGCCGCAGGCGGAAGAGGAGGAGGAGGAGGAUCAGGCGGAGAUGUUGGCACAGAUGCGGGGACGGUUGGAGGCGCUCAAGAGCUGA